UAUAUAUAAAGAAAUAUGGAAUCAAGCACUGCACCUCCAGUAAAACCUCCUCGAGGAAUUAAGCCCUCGAAGGAAACUAGUGGUUUAUUAAUAACUGUGAUUCGUGCUCUCUCGGCGAGUGAGACUAACGAACAGAGAGAAGUAGAAAAGGCAAAACUUGAAAAAGAUUAUAAGCGUUGCGAUCAAAGACUCGACGAACUUGUUUCGACUCACGAAGAAGAUCUUACAGAAGUUAUGAGAAUUUUUGGAAUAUUAUCCGAACAAGUAACAGCAGCUCGUGAAAGAAUUCAUUCCGUUAAAGAAAAUUUAAAUGCAUGUAAGCAGUUGCUAAAUUGUAGAAGAGAAGAAUUAAUGAAAUUAUGGUUAGAAGGAGUUGAACAUAAGCAUGUUUUACAGCUUUUAAAUGACAUUGACGAAUUAAAAGGAAUUCCAGCUAAAUUAAGCAGCUAUUUAGAAAAGAAGCACUACUUACAUGCAACGCAAUUACUUGUUUCUGCUCUUUCAAUGGGUGAUAAAGUUUUAGAAGGUGUAGAAGCUCUGCGAGAAGUGCGAUCGGAAUUAGAAUCUAAAAAACAAAAACUCAGUAGUAAAUUAUUAGAGGAAUUAAAUAACCAUUUAUACAAAGAACAAUUGGUAGAAACGGGUCUAAAACGACAGGGUUCAAAUAGAGAUUUUCAACGUGGAAAUGAAGCACGUAGUUCAAAAGGUAAUAAAGUAAAGAGAAAUUUACUUGAUGUUGCUGUUCCUGGUUAUUUGUCUGGUCAAAUUUCUAGAAAAACCAGUAAUGUAGGAUUGGAAGAUUUAAAUAAUCUUGUUGAGGAUGAAGGUAAUUUAAAUCCUGAAGAAAAUUCUGAACACUUUUUGGCAAUUAUUAUCGAAUGCUUAGCUUUAUUAAAUCAAAUUCCAGAAGCUAUAGAAGUUGUUAAAGCACAAAUGCAAAAUGAAUUAUUAAAAAUUAUCGAGGAAGCAUCAAAAAAUAUCAAAGAAUUACCGAAUAAAGAAAUGCCUCUAAAUGUGAGAGUUCAAACAAAUUCUGCUCUGGAGGAAGAACCAACGAGUCAAUCUCCUCUCUUAGAGCUUCUGAAUAUAAUAUUUGAACGCUUUCAACAAGUCAUCGCAUCACAUUCCUUAGCAUUAUGUGGAUUUACUCAUGUAAUUAAAAAACAUAAUUUAGAAACAUCUCUUUAUGGAAUAACCGAUGUUUGGAAUAAUAUUCAAGCAGUGAUUCAGAUACUAUUAACGGAGUAUCUUGAUGUACAAAAUAUGGUUGACGGACCUUUCCAAUCUUCUGUUUCAUUAAACGAACAAACUAACGAUAUUAAUGUCUACUUUGCUAAAAAAAGGCCACAAAGACCAAAAAAUGGCUUACUUUUUAAGUUUGAUUCAUCUACACAUACCAUGUCUUUUAAUAAUUAUCUUAAGGAUCAUAGCUAUAGUAGCCUCACGUCAGCCGAAAAUAAACAAUCAAAAUCUAAUAAAAAAUUAGUUUGUAAACCAGAUCCAAAAAAUAUAACACUUAUAUUUAGACCAAUAAUGCAGUUUAUUGAUGAAAUUGAACGGGCAAUGGGAGUUACUACAGGGAAUUCAAUGUGCACUUUAAGCAACUUUUUAGCGGAUUAUGUUAAAGAAGUAUAUCUUGGACGACAUCAUGUACUAGUUGCAACGACUAUAGAAGCAGCGACAAAAAGUCCUGAUUCAUGGCUUGCUACAACAUCUCCAGAACUGAUGAGAGAUAUUGGGCUAAAUAGGCCAUUGUUACAGAGUACCGUGAAAGUUCAACAAUGCGUUGCGGAGCUUCGAUUGCUUAUGAUUGCAUUACCAUUACAAGGCGAACAUUUUUGUACUUUGGUUUUAAAUGUUCUACACAAUUACCGCGAGACAUGUCAAAAUGCUUAUCGAGAUAUUGUCCAACCGGAUAGACACGACAGAUUAAUUUGCUCUGCCGCCUGGCUCAAGGAUGAGGAUAUUAGUAGAUUUAUUAAAUCACUGCCGAAUUGGGAAAGCAUGAAAAGCCAAGUUCAAUAUUAUCAAGCGGGUCCUUCUAAUCGUAGAGUAAAUCGAAGACAAGAAACUCACGACGAAGAAAGUCCGGACGAUGUUCGUGAACGAAAUUUAAAAGAAGCUGAAAUACUUGCGAGUAAUUUAGGAGAAGGUGGCGUUGGCGCUAACGAGAUCAUUUCUGACAUUGAACAAUUACGAAGCUUAUCAUUAUUACAAGAAAGUGUCGAGUGGUUUUCCUUCUCAAUUCGAUCAUUAAUAAGGGAAUUACAACAGUCUAAUCAUGAAAGGAACAUCGAUGUAAAUACAUUACCACCAAUCCCUAAUUCUCUCGUUCAAUACCUAGAACAAGUGGCUGAUGAAUACGACGAGCUUGCCAAUACCUGCAUAUUAGUAUUACAUUUAGAAGUUAGAGUACAAUGCUUUUAUUACCUUCAUCCAAGAGCUAAAACGAGUCUCUUGUGUACCGGCGCCAAAGAUCCCGAUGAAGCAGAUUCGCGUGUUGAAGAACUUAGUCGGGUUUUACAGCAUAUGGACGAAGCCUUCCAAUCGACGCUUCAUCAAAAAAAAACUAAGUAUAUUUUCGAGGGUCUAGGACAUCUAAUAGCUAAAAUUCUUAUCACAUCUGGACAAUAUAUCGAACGAAUAGAUAAAAGUGGAAUACAGAGAAUGUGCCGAAACGUAUUCACUUUGCAGCAGACUCUAACGAACAUUACAAUGACUCGAGAACUGGCACUCGAUCAUGCGCGACAGUAUUUUGAACUUUUUUAUGAAACCCCAGAAGAGAUUCUUAAUAAUAUGUUAGAAAAUGGGCCUCAAUUUUCAGAGCUUGAAUAUAUUAAUGCUUUUCAGUUGAUUGCCAGAAGUCAACAAGAGUAUGUAAUGGUUAAUAAGAAUCUCGAGAAGCUUUCGGAAAUACUUGGAGACGUUGGAGUUACGGUAUGACAUGACGUUAACUAAUAAGCAGUUGAAUUUCUAGUUAAAAUUUAAGUACUGCAGAUUGUUCCAUUAAUAAAAACAAAAAUAAAAAAAAA